AUGCUUCCAGCUUUCCGUAAUCUACUGCUUAAAAGAGCCCCCGUGCUCUCUGGGCGAUUUAUUCACACAUCGAGAGUGUUACUCAACCAAAAAGUGCCUGAAAACAACGAAGACCCUAGAAAGCCCGCAGAAAACAAAUCGCAGCCCAACUACAAAAAGAGGCCUCUAAGUCGUGUGGCUAUCGGCGGAACGCCCCAGCUGAAGAAGCUCGCAGCAUCUAAAGGAAUAGAGUUUGCGGCAUGGAGAGCUGUGAUUGUUCUCAUUGUGGGUGGUGGUAUUUUCACCUGGUGGUUUUCCAGAGAAAAGGAGAAGUUGCGUCUCCAGAAGGAGGUUGAGGCUAAGCGUGGUGUGGGCAAACCUUUGAUAGGCGGUAAUUUCACUUUGAUUGAUGAAAAUGGUAACACGUUCACCCAGGAAAACUUGAAGAACAACCAGAAGAAGUUCUCCAUUCUUUACUUUGGUUUCACCCACUGCCCUGACGUUUGUCCUGAUGAAUUGGACAAGCUUGGCGAUAUGUUGGAAGACUUGAAGAAUAACCUGGGAAUUGAAUUGCAGCCGGUGUUCAUCACUUGCGAUCCUGCAAGAGACAGCCCGGAGGUUAUCAAGCAGUACUUGGAAGACUUCCACCCAAGCAUUAUCGGCUUGACGGGAACUUACGAGCAGGUGAAGAACGUUUGCAAGAAGUACAGGGUAUACUUUUCCACCCCACCAGACGUCAAGCCUGGCCAGGACUAUUUGGUGGACCACUCGAUCUUCUUCUAUCUCAUGGACUGCGAGGGUAACUUUGUGGAUGUCAUUGGUAGGGAAGUGGACGCAAAGCUGGGAGCCGAGAAGAUUAAGAAGUAUGUCGACUCGUUCAUUCCCGAGGCAGAAAGAGAAGCCAGAAAGAACUCGUGGUUGGGAUUCCUUUAUAAAUAG